CCAGUCGCAGUCGCGCCGCCGUCGCGUCACUACGUUCCGUACACUCUUUCUCACAUAUCAAAAACCUUCCUUCAUUAAAAAUCACGUCCCGUCAAAACCAUCCCGACACAUACGUUCGAGACGACGCAACGUGCGGCCGUUUCACGCGCCCGCCAUCUAAAUACGCUUAUUUAUUUGAAUGUAAAUAAAUACAUUUCAAUAUAAACGGUGAGAUUUGAGCAUGUGAUAAGUCCCAGUGAUCAUAAUUUCGGUUACUUUGAAGUCAAAAUGUGGAUUGUUCUGUAAACGUGGAAUUUGCAGGCAAAUCUCUGAAUACGCAAAUAUUUUAAAAGAUGCAAUGCGGAACAUUUAAAGUGUCAAGAUAGAUUAGAUCGACGUUUUAAAAGCAGCCGGGCGCUAAUAUUUUGCGAUGCGAAGACGUAGAUAAUCAUCGAUGAUGGAUGAAGUAACGCAACCUAUACGAAGUAUGGCUUUGCUAUGGAUCCUCUCAGGCCUCGUGGCAGUGGACGCAGUCAAAGUCGUCAUAGAGCCUUUGCCUAAAGGAUAAAAAUAAUGAAUUCAACACGUUAAAAUAAUUAACAGUUGUGUGGUGUUGUGUUUACAAGUGACUGUGAUCAAGAAAGAUGCGGACUAUGAGAGCCUUAGCUCUAUCUGUACGUUGGUUUGCGUUCCUAGUCGUUAGUGUAGAAUGGCAAGUCAAUACACAGGCUGUGCAACAAACAUCAGAAGUAGACAGUUCCUACAAUUUUUAUUAUGAACAACCGUGUUGUACUGGACCCGUUAUUAAGAGCAAAUAUCAUGUCAGACAUAAGAGAGAUCAUGUACGGGAAUUCUCCUGCGGCACACUCUACUAUAGAACCUUCUUUGUGGAUUCCAAACGCGAUGCGCUCUACGUCGGAGCGAUGGAUCGACUUUAUCGACUUAACAUGAACAAUAUCAGCUCCUCACACUGUGAUAGAGAUUCCAUAAAUCUGGAACCCAGCAAUGUUGCUCAAUGUGUCUCCAAGGGAAAAUCUGAACACUUCGAUUGCCGCAAUCACGUCAGGGUAAUCCAGCCAAUGGGCGAUGGUGCAAGGCUGUACGUCUGCGGCACAAACGCGCACAGCCCUAAAGAUUGGGUUCUUUAUUCCAACCUGACGCACCUGCCUCGUCACGAGUACGUGCCGGGCAUCGGCAUGGGCGUCGCCAAGUGUCCGUACGAUCCGGCCGACAACUCCACCGCCUUGUGGGUGGAAAAAGGCAACCCUGGCGCCCUGCCCGCUUUGUACUCGGGAACUAAUGCCGAGUUCACUAAAGCAGACACCGUGAUCUUCAGAACUGACCUGCAUAACUUGACUACGGGUCGUCGGGAAUUUUCUUUUAAGCGGACUUUGAAAUACGACUCCAAAUGGCUGGACAAACCAAACUUCGUCGGAUCAUUCGACGUCGGAGAAUACGUGCUUUUCUUCUUCCGCGAGACUGCUGUGGAGUACAUCAACUGCGGCAAGGCGGUGUACUCACGGGUGGCGCGAGUCUGCAAGCGAGACACAGGCGGGAAGAAUAUUCUCAGCCAGAAUUGGGCCACAUACUUGAAGGCUCGUCUCAACUGCAGCAUACCAGGAGAAUUCCCGUUCUAUUUCAAUGAGAUACAGAGUAUCUACAAGGUACCCGGUGAUGACAGUCGUUUUUACGGAGUCUUCACAACAGCGUCGACGGGGCUGAUGGGUUCUGCAAUUUGUACUUUUACAAUUGGAGACAUUCAGAAAGCAUAUGAAGGCAAAUUCAAGGAGCAAGCGACGUCUAGUUCAGCAUGGCUACCUGUAAUCAGCAGCAGAGUCCCUGAACCAAGACCUGGAACCUGUGUUAAUGAUACCGCAUCUCUGCCUGACACAGUGCUUAAUUUUAUAAGGUCGCAUCCACUGAUGGACAGUGCAGUGUCGCACGAACAUGAAAAACCAAUAUACUACAAACGAGACCUGUUCUUUACCCGCCUGGUGGUAGACAGGGUAAAGGUGGACAUGUUAGGACACCAGCUCGACUACACAGUGUACUACGCGGGCACUAAUGAAGGUAAAAUUCAUAAAAUCGUGCAAUGGACUCGGAACGGCGACAGCCAGUCAGCUUUACUUGACAUCUUCGACGUUACUCCCGGCGAACCAAUUCAGGCAAUGGCGAUAUCCCGUGUGCACGGCUCCUUGUAUGCAGCGUCAGACCGACGCGUACUACAGCUACGCCUGGCACUGUGCGCGCGCCGCUACGAUGCAUGCGUACGUUGCGCGCGCGAUCCCUACUGUGGAUGGGACCGGGAUGCCGGCGUGUGUCGCGAGUAUAUGCCGGGGUUAAUACAAGACGUAGCAAAUGAAACAGCAGACAUAUGUGACUCGUCCAUCGCCCGCAAGAGCGUGUCGGCAACUUGGGGUCAGAGCCUGCACCUCGGCAGCUUUGUCAAGAUGCCAGAAGUAUUGCAACCCAGGGCUGUCACGUGGUUUCACUACUCCAGAGAUAAAGGAAGGCAUCCUAUUACUUUUAAUAAACCAGAGAAGUACAUCGAGACCUCAGAGCACGGUCUGCUCAUCAUAUCAGUGACGGAGGCUGACGCGGGCCGCUACGACUGCUGGUUGGGCGGGUCUCUGCUCUGCUCCUACAACAUCACCGUAGAUACGCACAGAUGUUCGCCGCCGGAAAAAAGUAACGAAUAUCAGAAGAUCUACUCGAAUUGGUGUCAUGAAUUCGAAAAAUACAAGACGGCUAUGAAGACCUGGGAAAGAAAACAAGAGCAAUGCUCGAGGCAGAACGACUCGAAUCAGAAUACUCAUCCAAACGAGAUAGUGUGAUAGCUUCUGAACAUCGCCUACCUCAUGUUUCAAUCAGUCAACUACUACGCCGGAGCGAUACCAGUGCCGUACGUCUCAGCGGGCCUCAAGUACUUCAACAUAUUCUCGUAAAUUAUCCACAAUUAACAGUGAACAGCUCAAUGACUUAUAAAAAUACAGUGAGAGCGAACAAAAUAACUAAAUUCAAAAAAUUCAGCCACGUUUAAUAAUUAUGAGCUCAGCGUAGUGAACCAAGUGCCCCAUAUAAAAUUAAAUUACUAAAAAAACUAUACUGAAACUAAAUAUUUUAAACCAAUAAUAUUUAAGUUAAAUAAAAUAGCUCAAUACACGGAUUUGUUACUAAAUAUAAACAAGAAGACCAGACACGGAUCCUUAAAUUACAAUUCAGUAUUAAUCGGCUUCAAUUGUAACGAAAAUAUCUAUAAAAUAAAUAGUGAAUAAAAGCUCAAGUGAAUCACAACUUUAGUGUUAAAUAACAGAGAAAUUGAUAAUUAAUGGUACAGAAUUAUUGAUCUCGUGAACUCAGUGCCCCAUUAGAUUUUGUGAACUCUUCGUGAUUUGUGACAGAACAUUUCCAACAACACAGCAUAACAUGAGAAGGCGAUUGGAUAAAAAAAAAAUUAUGGACCUCAUUUAUUAAAAUUAAGGACAGUUUCCUAGCGUCGUGCGUUGCUUUGUUGGAAUAUUGAAUGUAAAAAGGACUUAUCUAAAUCGUAAUGUAAGUACGCUUCUUUCGUUGAAUAAGUAGAAUUCUUAGCGAUCAAAAUGGAAUUAAUUUUGGAUGUAAACGAUAAAUUAUUAUCACCGAAUAUUAAUUGCUAUAAGCCAUAUCUGUAGUGAGCGAGUGCUAUUUCAUUAUUAUUUACUGUAUUUAUUCCCCGCUAUUUCAUAUUCCGCUAACGAUCUGCAUAUUAUUUACCUUUUAAAUUAAUGUGUUCGAGCGCUAAUUAACCGUUAGAUUUAAUAAGUGAAGUAAAAUAAAUUCAACAGUUAUGAAGCUCGGUUGAUGCCCGAUGUAAUUAACUACACGCUAUAUUGAAAGUUUUAAUGCACUACGUCCGAUUUUGAUAUUUGAUUAAGGACAUGAAUUUGGAACAUUUACUAAAGAGUAAAAGUAAAAGCAACAAUUAUUCAAACAGCUUUUUUGUUUUUUUUUUUUCGAUAACAACAAACCAUGUAUCAUGAUCCAAGUUGUAAUUAAGUUUGUUAGUAAAUGAUCAAGAGAAGUUAUCUCUCUGCUCGACUAAUGGGUGAAUAAUACGUAUCGUUUCGUGUUUUCAAAUCUCUGAGGGUUGUGGCUCGCCUCAUUAUUUUUCCCUUUUCGUGUAAAUAGUUACUCAUUCUUUUACUAAUGUAAGUGUACUAUAGAAUGCACGUCCCUAAACUUAAUGAAUAUAAUUUAAGCCUGUGAUAUAUAAGAAAUUCGUUUAGGUGAUAUAAUUUUUAAGUGUCUACUCAAACAUACACUGGUAUUAUAAUCGAGAAUAUAUUAUUUAAAAUCAAAAUUAUCAAAAGUAUAUAUAAUAAGGACGUUUUUAAAGUAAUAUUAUAUGUUUCUAAUGUCAGAAUUAAUACUUUACAAUAAACAUCACAGAUUUAGUGUAGAUUAAAAUAGAUGUCACAUUCCUUUGCCACUGCCAUUUAAGUAUAGAUAUAUAAUUAUGACGGGUUAUAUUUUAUAUAUAAUUCAUUCAAAGUUUAAAUAAAAUGACCCAUUGUUCUUAGAUGUGAACGAAUAUAGUUAUAUAUUAAUCCAUAAAAAUGUAAAAUAGACUUUAUGCGGUACAACCGUAUAAUUGACGUAAUAAUACAGCAAUAAUUUUUACUAAAAUUUCAGCAAAGCUUGCUCAUUUGAAUAAUAUGUACGCCUACACAUACGGAACCAAAACAUAUUAGACUCCAUAUCUCUUAAAACUUCUGAGUACAAUAAACUCAGAGAAAAGUAAAUCAACAUAGUUAACUAUGUUAUAAGUAUUAUAAAGUAUAUUGUCAAAUUUAUCCUACAAAAAUAUACUUGCAAAUAUUGAAUUCGACUGUACUUUAAAUCGUACCAUAUGUUUUCGCGUACAUAUUUACAUCAUUAAUAUUUAUUCAUAUAUAAAUUGAAAAAUGAAAUAUUAGCGUAACGUAGCCAGUGUUUAGGAAAUACUCUGCAUAUUUUUGUACAAAAAAAAUUAAUCUAAAUGUGUUUAGAUAAUUAGUAUGUAAUGUUUAUCACGUAUCAUUCUCAUUGGUACCUUUUUGAACUAAUUUGUUCCGUUUACACUUACGCUUUUUUGUUCUCAUAAAUUAUAUAUAAUAUAAAAAUUGCCAUGAAAAAUGUAUUAUUGUGCUUUAAAUUUCAUACUGCAAAAUCAAAUUACUUGAACUAGAAAUAGCAAUUCAAUUCAAAGAACAUAACGAGAGCGCGGAAGUGUAAACGAAGCCAUUUGACUUCAUAUCAUUUUUACUACGAGUACAUAAGAGCUUGUAUCGUAUUGUACUUACGUCAUCAAUUUCUAUUUAUAACGCAGUCGAAUAGAAUAUACAAACGAAUUGCAUUUUAUGAAAUCAUAAAAAUAUAUUUUCUAGUAUUUUAUUGAAAUACCUUAGCGUUAUCAGCUAUAUUUAUCGUAUGUAGUGAAAUUAUUUAACUUGUAUCUUGAGUACCGUGGACACCGAUUCAUUUGUUCUGAUCGUAGUAAAAUGAAACUUAUACCGGCCAUUUUAUACCAUAGAGAUAUCGAUUAAUUCGUUUAUGAAAAAUCUUUUAUGUAUUCUAUAGAUAAAUCAAAAAGCUCAACUAAUAAAAUAAUCGUUUACAUAUUUAUUCCGCCAUCUAGUAUAAUUAUUGUAAACUUAGGUGCUUAUUAUUAUCAUUGUGUUUGCAAAUACGUAUAUUUUCUGUCAUAUCAUGAUGUAAAUACGUGAAUCGAAAUAGUUAUAACAUAGAAGUAAAUAUCUGAGCUUCGUCGUUUAUUAAAUUAUGUAUUACCUAAGAUAUUGUACUUAAGAAUUUUAGUUAUUAUAAAACUAAGGAUUUCCCAAAUUUCGGGAUGAUCUUGCGCAAUAAUUAUAGCUAAAUACUUACUAUUGUCUGUACUAUUGGAAUAGCUCUGUAAAUUUCACAUGUUACUACUAUGUAAGUUAAAUUUCAAAUGUAGUCUUAAGAUUUUAUAUAAUAAAUCUAUGAAAUGUAUCUUGCA